GGCGGCGGGUGGGUGGGUGUGCCUGCCGGCCUGCCUGCCGCGGGAGGCGGUGCGAAAGGCUGCCGCCGGAGAUGCGCCCGGCUGCGGGGGAAGGCGCGGCGCUCCCUCCGCCGCCCGCCGCCUAAACCAGGCCAAGCGCCGCAGCCUCGUCCCCGGCGCCGCCCUCCUCCGAAGCGCCCUCCGGCCGCCAUGGGCGCGGAGCAAAGCGCGGACGCCGACGGCCGGCCCCACGAGCCCAGCGCCUCGGCAUCCCCUUCACCGGCCAAACAGCGAGCCAAAAUGGAUGAUAUUGUGGUGGUGGCACAGGGGACUCAGUCAUCGCGCAAUGUCAGCAACGACCCAGAAGUCAUCAAGUUGCAGGAAAUCCCAACUUUCCAACCCCUUCUGAAAGGCCUUCUCAGUGGGCAGACAUCUCCAACCAACAUUAAACUGGAGAAGCUGGAUUCUCAGCAAGUUCUUCAGCUUUGCCUCCGGUACCAAGACCACCUUCACCAGUGUGCAGAGGCAGUGACCUUUGACCAGAAUGCUUUAGUCAAGCGGAUCAAAGAGAUGGAUCUUUCAGUAGAAACUCUGUACAGCUUGAUGCAGGAGCGCCAGAAAAGGUACGCUAAGUAUGCAGAGCAGAUCCAGAAAGUCAACGAGAUGUCAGCCAUCCUGCGCCGCAUCCAGAUGGGCAUUGACCAGACUGUCCCCCUGAUGGAGCGGCUGAACAGCCUCCUGCCUGAGAACGAAAGGCUGGAGCCUUUCAGCAUGAAACCUGACCGGGAACUCAAGCUAUAGUCCUCUGUUCACCACCUUUUUCAUGGAGCCUGCUUGACACAUCAUGCGCUUGCCACCCAAGGCACUACUUCUUCAUCAAAGCACUGCGGUCAGAAGAGUGUGCUUGUUUUGUGCGGACGGUCAUUUCAAACUGGGAAUAAAGGACUGUUUCCAAGUCCCUCA